UCUGCGCCUCGCGGUUUCGGAGCUAGCAGACGCUCGGGGAACAUGGCGGCGGCGGAGCCCGCGGUCCCGGCGCUCCCCAGCGGCGGUGGCGCGGGGGCGCCGUCGGGCACGGUCCCCGUACUCUUCUGCUUCUCGGUCUUCGCGCGGCCCUCAGUCGUGCCGCACGGCGCGGGCUACGAGCUGCUCAUCCAGAAGUUCCUCAGUCUGUACGGCGACCAGAUCGACAUGCACCGCAAAUUCGUGGUGCAGCUCUUCGCGGAGGAGUGGGGCCAGUACGUGGACCUGCCCAAGGGCUUCGCGGUGAGCGAGCGCUGCAAGGUGCGCCUCGUGCCGCUGCAGAUCCAGCUCAGAGGAUUCACCGGAAGAUUUAUCCUGUUGAAAAGCAAGAACAAAAGGUGUAUUUUAGGUACUACACCACAACCAUUUUUUUUGGUUGAGAAACCGCUCACUACCCUGGGAAAUCUUACACCUUCAAGCACUGUGUUUUUCUGCUGUGAUAUGCAGGAAAGGUUCAGACCAGCCAUCAAGUAUUUUGGAGAUAUUAUUAGUGUGGGACAGAGAUUGUUACAAGGGGCCCGGAUUUUAGGAAUUCCAGUUAUUGUAACAGAACAGUACCCUAAAGGUCUUGGAAGCACUGUUCAAGAAAUUGAUUUAACGGGUGUAAAACUUGUACUUCCAAAGACCAAGUUUUCAAUGGUAUUACCAGAAGUAGAAGCAGCAUUAGCAGAGAUUCCUGGAGUCAGGAGUGUUGUGUUAUUUGGAGUAGAAACUCAUGUGUGCAUCCAACAGACAGCUCUGGAGCUCGUUGGCAGAGGGAUCGAGGUUCAUAUUGUCGCUGAUGCCACGUCGUCGAGAAGCAUGAUGGACAGGAUGUUUGCUCUUGAGCGUCUGGCUCGAACUGGGAUCAUAGUGACUACAAGUGAAGCUGUUCUGCUACAGCUGGUGGCUGAUAAAGACCAUCCAAAAUUCAAGGAAAUUCAGAAUCUAAUUAAGGCGAGUGCUCCAGAGUCAGGUCUGCUUUCCAAAGUAUAAGACAUGUGAAGAACUGGUAUGCUACUCACCAUCAGGUGACAGGACUGUAAGCCCAGACAAGCUCAUGUCUCUAGUAGAAUUAAAAUGUUAAGUCAAAAAUUGGCUCCUUUUUUGCGCCUCUUAGUAAAACUUAACCAAUUAUACUGUUUGGGUACCAGCAUUUAGUUACAAAUGUCAAAGGCUUCAGGUGCUGCUUACCUUCUUUUUAUGCUAAUGUGCUUUUAUUUAUUAAAAAAAUUAUAAUGGAGGUGCCUGUUUUCUCUAUACCAUAUACACUGAUCAUACUUUCAAAAGUGCACACUCUUGUGAAAUUUUCUUAAAUUGUGCACAGUUAAAGACAAAGAUCUACCAGUAAUAGUUUGACUUUUGUAUUAUUGUAAGAUGUAUGUUAUAAUGUUAAUGUGGAUUCAGUGCUUUUACUUUACGGGUUGAUUGAAAUAGGAUUAUUAAACGAGAAUUUAAAAACAGGACUCUGGAUCGUGUUACCCCUUUCACUCACAAUGCAGUCAAGUUAUUUAUUAUGUUGCACUGGUUUAACCAGACAAAGUUAUGUUGAAUAAUUUUAACAUAAUUAUGCUAAUUAAUUAUGCUAAUUUUCUCAUUCUGCUCACCAUCACUAAUUCUCUGUUAAUGUUCUUUUUUAACUGAAUCUUUUACCCAGGAAGACUCAUUCGCUCAUUGCUUGUUUUAAUUUUGUAAGCAGAUGGGAGGAUUUGCAACACCAUAUCAUUAGUGGAGGGCUGUUUUAAGAUCUUUGAAGUAUUACUUUAGCUGAAUAGCUUUAUAACCAUCUUGAAUACAUCUUCUAAUAUGCACAAGAUUUAGCAAAAAGAUAAAGGCUGGAUAAAAUAUAGUUUUAAAACAUCCAUAUUCUUGUUUGAAAUUUUUUCCACCUACCUUCCAAUUACUGUUAAUGCAAAAGGCCUCAGUAAUGAUUUGGUAGUAUUACUUUUGCAGUCAUUACUACCAUUCAAUAAAUUUAUUUUCA